CGUUUUUGAAAGAGCAAGACACGUCAAGAAACAUGUAUUUUGAAUUCCUGCUCGAAACAGUUUGGACAAUAUCGGUUUAACGCGUUUCCCUGUGCGUUCAUAUAUCCGUGGGUGACUUUUUGGAAAUGUUUGGGGCACUUUGGGGACCUGUGAGGAGCGGAGCUGCUUUGAGAGAAGCGACUACCGGCGGCUGCUAGCUUGUUGUUUUGCAGUGAAAUUUUUAUGUCUGGUGGCAACACACACAACUAUCCGCCUCACACAAUGAACUUUGCUUCUGUUUAUUCACAAACACGAAGAAGUGAAUAAAAAAAGGCCAGAAGACCGAAGUUACAGCAAGUUUAGUUUUGUCGGUUGCUUCACAUUAUGGCUGGUGUUGUGGCUAUGGCAUCUGUCAUUGAGGACUUUGACACUCAGCCUUGCAAGAAAUCUCGCAAAGAUGGUGGCAGUCCUGUUGUCAAGACAAUCACAAACUAUUUCUCACCUGUGCCCAAGCCUGUGGAGAAGCCCUUUUCACCUCCUCGCUCCAACAACAUCAUGGACUACUUUAGCCGGAAGGCUCCAUCCUCCAAAGAGAAGACCAGCUCACCUGAACAGUCGAAAGAGAACCAUCAGACGUCUCAGCUUUCAGAAAAACACACCAGCCCAGAGGCAGCGGUGAAACAGCCUCCUCAGAGACGGAGUAGAAAGGCCAGCAAAGCUGCAAGAAAACUUGUGGAGGCUGAAGCCGUUAGCUCCACAGAGGAGUCGAGCUGUGUGAUUGUAAAGGAACUUGCAGAAGCAAACAGCAGCUGUGGUGUUUUUGGCAGUGAUACAGCAGCCCUGAUGGCCCAGCUCAGUGCUGAGGAAAAAUCAGAGAGGAAUGCAACUAAAACUGUCGAUGAUGAUCAGGUUAAAGAAGAUGAAGAUGGUUCCAAAUUUAAGAACAACGUCAAACUUAAUCCAGAACUGAACACUAUUGAAUUAUCUCCAAUUGUCGCUUCAAAAGAUAAAGCAAAACAAGUCAAGGCCGCAGCGCGAAAUUCUAGGAAGGCAAAGCAUUCAGAAUCGGAGGAGAAGGAAAAAGAGAGCUCCUUGUGUGAUGUUAGUAUGGAGGUCAAUGUGGAUGAGACCUCUCAGUUAAACAACAGCACGGUAACAAUCUCCUUUGAGGAUUUUGUGCGGAGUCAGGGCGGAGGUGAAGAGGACAUGGAAGACGCACAGGACAAAGAGGAUGAAAGUAAAAUCACAUCAGAGGCAGAAGAAAUGGACACUGACCAGUUGGACAUCUCAAAAGCUGAAGAAAAAGUUGGAGAGUCACCUUUCCAAGUCUCACCCCGAACUGUCACCAUCCAGGCUGAAGUACAUGUAGUCUCACCCAAACAGGACAAAACCAACGCAGGGCAAAAGUUGGCCUCCAUCUUCAACAGAAGAAAAGGGGCAACGAGCCCUGCAGAGGUGGUAUCGUCUCCUCAUACAGAGACCACACACAAACCCCCGUCUGCCUCUCUGACUGUCAAGCGUAAAUCCAACGUGGUUCUUCAAGAGGAAGAUCUAGAGCUGGCCGUGCUGGAGAGUGAAUCCACGCCCAAGUGCAGUGAGGCAGAGAGGAAGCAGUUCAUGGCCGCCUUCAAACAGCCCAGCCUGGACGGGCCCAAAACCAAACCUGGUAAGAGCCAGGGCAAGAAGCAGCAAGGAGAGAAGGCUUUGGACGAUGCAGACAAAGUUGCAGAAGAAGACGCUGCAAAUCCAGCCUCUGUUGAGCAGGUCCCUGCAGUCUCUCAGGAAAACAAAGCAGCCAACAAGAAACCAGCAAGAAAAGCCAAAAAGAAACCAAUAGAACAAACGGAGGCAGUCACCAGCUCACCCGCCGCUGCUCCUGUGGAAGAAACGGCGGCCACAGUAAUCGAGAUAGAUGAUAAAACAGAAGAGCCUCCCAUCACUUCAACUCCCUCCGUCCCAGCAGUGAGGAGGUCCAGACGAGAGGCUGUAGUCAGGCAAGCACCUGAGUCCACCCCAACAACUCCAGUCAGGAAAACCAGGAAACACAACCAGUCAAAGGAUGCUGCCGCCGCUUUACCCAGUGACAGCCCCGCAAAGGUGUCCACCCCAAAGACGCGAAAGUCCAAGCGUGGCGUCUUUGUAGCAGAGAUAGUGUGCCCACCAGACUCAAAAGAAAGUCCAAUCAGGAUUAAAUUUACUAGAGUCCAUCAGAAUAUGUCCAUGACAAAGGCUGAAAGUGGCACAAACACUUCUGCGGCUACUAAAACAUCAACUGACUCUAAAACAAGGAGGCAGGCAAAGAAGUUGGUGGAGAAAGCCAAAGUGAUUCAGCAGAGUAAAAAAACGGCCGAGAAGGAGAAGGGCACCUUAAGGCGUUCGUCACGGACUGAAACCUCCACCAAGAGGAGCUACUGUGAAGAUGAGGAUUCCAUCAUCUGCCUGGAGGAUGAGGAGACUGACGCUCCUCAGAAAGCACCAGCGAAGAUUAAAACCCAGAAGCCUUUACGUAGUCUCAAUGAAGUUCUGGGAAAAGCCGCACCUGUUGGCAAAGACACUAAGGCUGUCCCAGGCAAAGGGGCCUCGCUGAGCCAAGAGAAAACUGCUCGGAAGGCGUCUGCGGUGAUUUCCAUCUUUGACGACAGCAGCCGCGAGGGCUCAGAAAACUCCCAGGACGAUGAGCAGUUCAGGGCGCGCAGAGAGUUUUUGAAGAGUGGCCUGCCUGAGUCCUUUAGGAAACAAAUGGCCAAAACUGCUGCCACCAAGGAGGCGUACUCUCUCUCCUGUUCCUCCUUUCAACCAGUUACUCACAUUAACCAACCUCCGAACGAUUGUCCUCUUUGGAGUCUACUGUGGCCUGAGUCUUCGUUACUGUGUCAUCUGAAAGAGGUUUGGUGUCAAACUGUCAAACCACGUCUGUCUGUUAGUGGCUCCCUUUGUGUGAAGACACGACCCGCCCCGAGAGCCUUUUCUGAACGGGGUUCAGGCUGGAGGCCUGAGAUCUCUGAAAGUGUUCGUCAGCUUCUAACGGAGGAGGUCGGCACCUCUAACCCUUCCUUUCCUGUUCAGACGUUCAUCUCGCGCUUCCUGAAGAGACGCGCUGACCACCAACAGCAGCAGUGCACAGCCUCAGAACCAGAGGCUGUAAACAGAGUCACGAGCACCAAACUGCCUGCUGAACCAGUCGGAGGGAAGAGGAAGAGGACGGAUGAUGAGGGGGAAAUGACAGGGAAGGUCGCUAAGAAGCAACGCGCCGACUGUGCAGAGGAGAAACUCCCCGAGCCUGCGCCAAUGAAAAGGGGAGGCCGUACGAGACGAUCUCGGAGAUCAAGGCCAGAGGAGGAGGCGGAUGAGAAAGAGAAACCUUCAGUCAAAUCUGCUCCCAGCCCGUCUGAAGAUGACUGUGUGGUUGUGACUGAUGAGCCACUUUUGGGGGAGAAUCCUGGAAAUAAAGAUGUGGUGAAGGAGGACGUGUUAUGGACAGACAAAUAUCAGCCUCAACACUCCAGUGACAUCAUAGGAAACACUGCCUCAGUGAGACGGCUGCACAGCUGGCUAAAGGAAUGGAAACUCCGCACAGAUCGAGAAGAGAGAAAAAAACAAAAAGACAAGAAACAAGAGGAAGGCAGCAACGACUCGGACUGGGAAUGCGGGGAAGAGGACCCCCAGGAUGACGAGGACACGUUGUGUAAUACUGUGCUUAUCACAGGACCCACUGGAGUUGGAAAGACUGCUGCAGUCUAUGCUUGCGCCCAGGAGCUGGGCUUCAAGGUGUUUGAAGUGAAUGCUUCGUCUCAGCGGAGUGGCCGUCUGAUUCUUUCCCAGCUGAAGGAAGCCACUCAGUCACACCAGGUGGACAGUCAGGGGGUCAACGCCCACAAACCCACCUACUUCAACAGUUACGGCACAAGCAGCAGCGCUGGCACUCUCAAGCCUGGAUCCUCUCCCAGAAAGCUCAACUCUCCUCGUAGAGUCGUGUCCUCUCCAAGGAAACAUCCCCAGUCCCCAAGAUGUGCAAAAAGAGGAAGCCUGGCCCCAACCUCUUUAGCUAACUUCUUCAAAAUGGGCCGACCCACCACCAAGGAGCCACCCAACACUAAGAAGAAUGAACAAACUGCUCCUUCCAAGAAAGCCAUAAAAGCAAAUGAAGGUGCUAGUAAGCAAAAAGACCCUGCAGUCAAAUCUACAACCCCUAAAGAGAAGAACAAUGAAGAACAGAGCAAGAAGACGGCCACGUCGCUUAUCCUGUUUGAAGAAGUGGAUGUUAUUUUUGAGGAAGACUCUGGGUUUCUAGCUGCCAUCAAGACAUUUAUGACCACUACGAAGAGGCCAGUCAUCCUCACUACCAGUGAUCCUGCUUUCAGCACCAUGUUUGAUGGCAACUUUGAAGAGAUCCAUUUCAAAACGCCCUCAGUGCCGGAUGUGGGCAGCUUCCUGAGGCUGUUGUGUCUGACAGAGGACGUGAGGACAGACCUGUUGGAUGUCAGCUCUCUGCUGAGACUCAAUGGAUGUGACAUCAGGCAGAGUUUACUGCAGCUGCAGUUCUGGACUCGCAGUGCAGGAGGCCGCCACGUAACCAGGCCGCUGACUCUCAGUGGCAAAAGUGAGACUUGUGAUGUGACCGUCCCACCUGCUCUCCCUCACUGUGAAACCGGCUGCACGGAGAGCAUGCUGGGCCUGCCGAGGGCUGAACCUGAGAGGGACGUCUGGGAGCUGCUCAGGAGUCAGAGUUUGAGGGAGGAGACGUGCUGGGAGCUGCUGGCAAACGGCAAACGACGAGGAGUGGACCUGCUUUAUUCCAACAUGGAGACUCUCUUACCGCUGCCACUCACACAGUUGACUAUCUCUACCCUCAAACUGGAUCAGCCUGAGUCUGUAUCACAAGAACAUCCUUCUGUUAAUCCAAAAGAGCUGCCAUCCCAUGCCAAGUUACUGCACGCGGCAGAGUCGGCGGAUUGCUCAGACGACGGCAGUCCAGUUAAAGUGUCCGACAGAAUGAGGAAGAACAAGAAGCGUCACUGUCUACCCGACCAGGGUGGACUGGACUCGGACUCAGAAGACAGUUUUCUGUCUCUCUGCAAGCCGCAGGUCGCUCCUCAAGCAAAGGAAGAAGUCAGAGAGAUUUUAGUUUCAAAGAUGGUGAAGAGGAAACCACUGACUCCAGAGGAGCGAGCGAAAAGUCUCCCAGUCUCCCAGUGUCUGGAAUCGAUAGCUGACUUUUUAGACAACAUGUCAUACAUGGACUCAUCCUUGAUUGGUUAUUCAGAAGAGAGGGACAGUCACAGACGAAGGGCGUCGGUCGGUGCGGUGGUGAAAGACGGGAUGACAGAUGAGUCGAGGGUAGAGCCUGACAGAGGGAGCUGGGAGGAUGUCUCGGAGAUCCCGGCCGCUGUGGAGGCUCUGAGCUUCCACAGGUGCCGUGUUUCGGUAGCGGAGGCCUGGGAUAAAGCUCAGCAGCUGAAAGGAGAGCUGCGAAAGGAGGCUGCAGAAGAACUCACCCUCCCUGUGGCCGCUCAUCAUGAGAGUUACAGCUUCACUCAGGACGGUCCCUGUCAACCACAGUUGGUCCAGCAGAGGAGAGAAGUGAUGGAGAGUCUGAUGUCCAGAGGAGUGUUUGGCGCUCUGUGCAACAGACCGUCAGCCGCUCUGGACUACUUGCCGACCCUUCGCACCAUCUGCAGAUCAGAGCAGCUGAAGGAGCAGGGCAAGGUUAAACGGAGGUUCCUGCACUACCUUGAUGCGAUCCACCUGGGUCUUGAAAAGAGCACUCUGCAGCACCUUGCUGACGACUUUCCCUGAACCACAGAGGAGAUCAGACACGUCCACAUGAUCACUCAGAGGCCGCUUUUAAGGUCCAGACGUUUUUGGCUGUUAAAUUAGAAAAAAGCACACUUUUGCAGGUUAUGUUGUGGUAAAAGGAUGAAUACUUAGGCAACAACGUAAAUCAAGUUUUGCCUUUUGCCUCUUUAUGAUCCUGACCUCAGUAUGAAAUGAGCUGGGCAGAUGUGUGUGUGCGUGUAUGUGUGUGUGUGUGUGCGCACAAAGGACUGUUAAAGUGAAGUGUACACACAUUGAAGAUGGAAAUGACUGAAUCACAAAAUACAGAAAACGUAUUCUCACCUGAAGGCCGAACAGCUAAAUCACCUCAAAUGCCUGAUUCAGCACAUCCUCUGGUGCUUUCAAAAAAAAUGCACUAAAGAUUUCUACUUUACAUGGUUUUUGUAAUAUUAAGCUGUGCUGGAGUGUGUGUGUGGGUUUUUUUUUUGUUUUUUUUUGUACAGUAGUGUUUUAUACAUCAAAGCCUUUGCAUCUUGCAAAGUGUUUUUUAAACAUGUAGAAAUUGCUUUUGAGGAGCAAGUAUGUACCAUUAAUGAUUUGUAAGAGAUUAACAUGUAAAAUAGAAUUUGUAAAGGCUCUGUAAAGCGUCAUUCUCCACACAAAGUACUGUUGAUACACUCAGGAGUUUGUUCAUAAAUGGAAGACAACUUUUGACAGAAAGUUCUGCCAUAUUUGUCAACCCUAUAUCCCCUUCAUAUUCCACAGUUUUGUUUUUUGUUUUUAAAAAACUUUUGUUUUUAUCUUUUUUCAUCCAGGCUUAAAGGAAUACUUAACACCUUAAUGAUUAUUUGUAUAUCAAUUAUUACCCUGUGUUGCGUUCUCACGUGCCUCUGCAGUGAACAGGGAAUCCAAAGAUGAAGAAAAUUCUUGAUGAAUUGAAGUAAAAGGGUGCCUCAAUCCUGGGCUUAAACUGUAUUAACUAUUUAUCAUUAAAUUUUAUUUUUUAGCCUCUUUUGCGCUGCACAAAAAAAUGCUAGCACCCACUCAUAUCUCGCUUCGCAGCAUUCGCACCGGGUUCAGUUGACUGCAUGGUAUUAAUCACCUCUGGCUACGAUCACUAUUGAUGAAAACACAACACUCGGGUGAAAGUGAUAAUUUCAGCCCCUUAACUGGUGAGAUUCAAUGACGCGCUGACACUUAAUAUUGUCUUUCUCCACCUAAGCAGUGCGAAAAUAUUGAUCGAAAGUUUGAAGGAGAGACUGAUAAAGUAAGUGAUGUAUAAAGAAAAGUAACCACCAUUAAGUUUUCACAGACCUCUGUCCAUGCUGCUUUCUACUGUUUGCAAGCCCGUCCGUGAUGUCAAACGUGUCGCACCUUAAAACACUACCCCACACACAAAUAGGCAUACUUGUCUGCUGCAGAGCUGUGUACACAGCUCUGCUGUGCUGGCAAUUGGAAAGAGUUUAUAGCCUUUUUUAGCAGGUUUAAAAUACCCAUGUGUUAAUUUUGAUGUCAAAGGGGUAUUUAAAACACGUCCACAAAAUUCUCGAGCUGCAACGGGUAGCGUAUCUGGGCAAAUGUGUGCCGUUUAAAGCAAAGUUAAGGCACACUACCUGUAUACUGUUGCUAAAAUGGCCCUGUGUACACCAGUAUUUUCUCCAUCUUUCUGUUAUUCUUGUGGGGACGCUUGUGAGUAAAACAGUGUUCUUCAAAAUUUAACGUAACAGGGUGAGUAAUUGAUACACAAAUUAUCAUUUUAGUGUUUGAGGUAUUCCUUUAAUAUGUAACCAUUAUUCAC